AUGACAGUGGCUGAAGACCUUGAGACGCUACGCGAUGCAAUCAACAACAUCCUGGCGAACAGGAAACAAUCGACACUUGGGCCUCUCAAGACGAGACCGGUCUUCCCGCAAAUGGAACGAAGUCCAAGUCCCUCGGCAUCCGUGGCGUCGGAUCAACUUUCACAGAGUGGUGGUCAUUUAACGGGCGACUCACUGAGCAUGCGCACUCAAGACAGAGCGUCGGUAGAACCUUUGACCCAGAUACCCAUCAAGUCUCUAUAUGAGAUCACGCGGCUCGAAUCAUUACGUUCUCGUCAAGUAUCACCAUCGUCAACGAAUAAGAGAACACCGGCUGGCGUGAACGGUCCUCGCGAUCUGGUUACAGAAGGUAAGAUCAAUCUCGUUGAUGCCAAACGCCUUGUUCAGAAGUUCCUGGACCAAACGGACCAUUAUCUCUAUGGCGUCACUACGAUAUAUCAAGACCUGGAUGGUAUUCGUAAUGCGUCGCCGCUGCUGUUCACGGCCAUUUGCACCGUAUCAGCUCUCCAUGAGCCCCAAGGUGAAUCGCUUUACCGCACCUGCAGCCUAGAGCUUCGAAAGCUUGUAACCAACUUUGUCUUCGCCCCACAAGUGAGCAUGGGCGACUUUCAGGGACUACGUAUCGCCUCAUUCUGGUUGAGCGACAUGGCGUGGUCAGUCUCUGGCCUGGCCAUCCGCCGAGCUAUGGAGUUCCAACUUGGGAAGGCAUUCGACUUUGUCAUUGGCACCACCACUAUUCAGAAAGUCUCUCCCCACAGAUUUCAGCUUGGGAGCCGAGAAGAGGCACAAGAGUGCUUGAGAGUCUGGUAUCUCUACUACAUCUGCGACCGCCAUCUGUCAAUUCUCUAUGGCAGACCCUCAAGCUUUGGAGACCAAAUCUCAGUCAACAAGUGGGAAACCUACCUGAACGCAGUGCCCGAGAACAGCACCGACGUACGGCUGGCAAGUCAGAUCGAGAUGAUUCUGAUACUGGACAAAGUCACCGGGAUCUUUGGUACAAACGUGGAGGUUUGCAUCCCUGGUCACUUUCACACCCAACUACAGGGGUUCAAUCGUCAACUUGACCAGUGGAUCAUGGCUUGGACAGGCCGAUAUCGACCACAUGAGAGGAUAGGCAACUUCCCAGUGAAGGCGCUUACACUCCACUACCACUUUGCAAAGCUCUUUGUAUCUUCUCACGUUUUCCGCGGCCGAUCGUCUCAUGCUGGCGGUGAACCGGUUCCCCCUGAGUACUCUGACAUGGCUCAAGUUGCCGUCAGCAGUGCCAGCGCUAUUGUGGAGCUCAUCAUACACGACGUCGACAUUCGAGCUGCUUUCGUGGGGAUGCCUCACUACUGUCAUACUAUGAUUGCGUAUGCCUGCUCCUUUUUGCUCAAGCUUGCGACCAGUCAGCAUGACAAAAGCUUGAAUGCAGAGGAAACCUUCCGUGCGAUUCGAAAAGUGGCAGACUUCUGUCAGAAUGCGCAAUGUACGAGCUAUCAUCUCGUGCACUGGAUGGGAGCAGGCCUACGAGACCUGGCUGCGAAGUGUGAGAACGCCUUAUCAAAUCAGUCAACAGCUCCGAAAGCUCGCAUUGGAGUCCAGGCCGAGGGGACGGUAGUCCAAGACGACAUGUCCAUGCAGCAGGCACACGAAGAGCUUGAGACGAGUCUAGGCAUCUCCAUUGAGCCUGGAAAUGCCUGGGAUGCAGCAAGAGGUGACGCGAGCUUCCAAUGGGGAAUGGGGCCAAUCGAUGCGUCCCUGGGUAACAUGAGCUCGAGCUUCAUCAACCCGACGUUUGACCCGAACAUGGGGUCUGAAGGUCCUGAGGCAGGAUGGGAAUCACUACUACCAACAUUUGAUCUUGAACACAUGGGCUUCGGGUUACUUUGA